AGCAAAAAGCAGGAUGAACAGCCAUGCUUGUAUAACAGGAACCUGCCAACUGGAUGACAUGCCUCAUUAUUGAAGGGGUGUCUCAUUUCUUAGGGGAACAUUUUAAACGCUGUCCCCCAAUGUGUUAUGAACAAAUAAAACAUGGACCCUCCAGUACUUAUGUCUCGGAUUAGCGCCAUGUGUCCUCCAGAAUAUUCUCAGUUUUAGGUCAAAUGUCCACAUCACUUCACCCUCCCCCUACAGUGAGCAGAGAUUGGGACGCCCCUCGCUGCUUGAGGGGGGUAGGGCUGACUAUUUAAUUUCCACCAACAUCGACAAGAUGGCCGCGCAGGUAAACAAAGAAACCCAUAAAUGGACUCCGCAGGAAACCCGACGCCUGAUCCGGUUUCGAGCAGAGAACGAACACCUUUUUCUCAAGUCGAAAAAAACUGCUAAACUACUGUGGGAGACUUUAAUCAAGGAGCUGGACCUGGAGGGGAAGGUAACGUCCCAGCAGGUUUCCAAGAAGUGGGAGAAUCUAAAAAAGAAGUACAAGGAUCUGGGAAUGCUGAAGGCAGGAUUUGGGACUGAUGGAGGAGAGGUAACCACUGUGACCUGGCAGUAUUUUGAUGACAUGCACAAGGUGUUGGGGGACACGUCGUCUCUGGAGCCUCCUGUUGUCGUUGCGUCCUUUAAUGCAGAUUCCAUAACAAGCUUUGAACUGAAAACGGAAGAGUUUGAGCCAACAGAAGAAGCCGGCUUCUCCUCAGGGACACCCUCUCCCGUCGCUCCUCCGGAUUCCCCGACCCUUUCACCUAAAAACAAGCGAAGGAGGAGGACUAACCCCAUUUUGGACUUUCUUAUGGAAGAAAGCGCUAAAGAGCAGAAGCGACAUGAGGAGAGCGAGGCGAAAAUGGAGCGGUUUCUGAACUUAUUUGAAAAACUAAUAGAAAAAAUGUAAUUAUGGCUCUGGAAUUUCUUCUUCCCAUUGUGAUUUUUCCUUUACAUACCGGAGAUGUCAAAAAAACAGUUGAAAACAUGUAUCGUUGUUGUUUUAUGGAGUGAACUGAUGCUAUGAAAUUGUGUUUUAUUAAUAAUUUAUAACCAUAAAAGAUGUGAAAUAA